AUGGACUCUUCACUGGUUCCUAUACUAUUACUACCUCGACAUUUCGAUACCACAUCGGCCAAUCGCCCGCUCCUUCUUUCAGUCCAGAAGACACUGAACGACUCUUACAGUAAAACCAUGUGUGCACAUCCGGAAAUCUUUGGAACAUCCUACUUGCGAAUUGCAGACCCAGAUCAACUUGCCGAAACCAUUGGUGACGUGGGUUUCACUGUAGUGCUACUUCGUGUUCAUGAUCAGACCACGAACAAUGUUGAAAGAUGUCGAUAUGCUGAAGUGGUGGCCACAGGAAGUGUCAAAGACUUUGGGAACGGUGCUGUUGAAGACUAUUUGACGUGGAGCAAAGCAGUAACGGGAACGCAAUGGAAGUCGGCGGAAGGAGAAAACCAUGACGGGGGGAAACAGGGAUUGAGAAAGAAGGGAGAUGUCGUGCACAAGUAUGAGAUCACUGCAUUUGGAGUUGCUCCAAACUGUCAAGCCGCGGGGCUGGGUGCAAGAAUCUUAAAGGAAAUCGAAUGGCUGGUGGAGAGCGAUGAGAUUGGUCCAAGGUUACGAUAUGCGCUCCGGGAAAAUGCUCCAAGUGUAGAAGAUAUGGUACUGGUAGGAACCGACAAGGCGUGUCCAGUGCAAGGAAUUGAUUUGGAUCGUUUGAGGCGACAUGCUGCAGAAGGUGCAGUGAUAGAUGAGCAUGACAAAACAGUGGAUGUAGGGUCUCUAGGCCGGCCAAAACUCGUUUUGAUGGCAAUACGGGAGACUGGCAAUGAAACCUACUAUCAUCGUCGAGGCUUUAAGACCCUUUGGGUGGCUACGGUACCGAAAGAAAUCCAGAAGUUCCGGAUGCUUAUGAAGAUCCAACUAUCGCUGGAUCAGCAGGAUGGUUACACUGAUGAAUGGGGCACAUGGUUUCCCUAG